GUCGUACUGCUUCGUUCCUUCGACACGUCACUGGCAUGCUCGGCUCUUGAAGCCCUUUGCUUUUGACGGCUUUUCUGCUCUUGUCAGUUGCGUUUGUAGUGUCCUGGAUGCUUGCAUAAAAAAAACAAACUCACUUCAGUAGUUCUUUCUAUCGAGGUUUUUGACAGUGACCUCCGAGUGUGGAAGUGAUUUUGCGAAGUGGGUGAUUGCAUGUAAUUUAUCUCGCUGUCGUUGUUUUUUAUAUUGUGCUUUGUGAUGAUGAAAUGGUCUAGCUAGUCGGCCCCGCCCCUGUGCUCGAGAUAGGAAUCGAGACCCUCACGAUGGCGAGGCAAUGGCUGUGGAUGUGUGUGUGGGUGGUCGUGCUGGUCGUCUCCGGCAGCGCCCACUCCACGAGGCAGAACGACCACAAGAAGGGCCCCGAGGCUGUCCUGGUAGAGACCCUCCGUCAGGUGCUAGGGGUGCCUAAGUCGGAGGGGGGCCCCGGCUACCACCACAAGACCCACCGCCCCCCCAGGUAUAUGGUGCACCUGUACCAGAGGAUCACGGACGGCCACGGCACGCUGCCACGGCGGGCCAACACCGUCAGGAGCUACACGCCCAAGUCAGAUGACGGAAGCCAAGGAAGUCUGCUUGUGUACAACGUGUCUGCAUCCUCCGGCGAGCACGUGAUGGGGGCGUGGCUUAACGUGCGAGGGGGCGGAGUCAAGGCUCGUAUCCCGCCCCGACCCCGCCCAACGAGGGUGCUCCUGUACCUCCUUCACGCCCCUCACUGGCAACCUUCCACGCCCAUCAUCACGGUCACUGCUAAUCCCGGAGAACAGGAGGUCGAAGUGACCCGGGCGGUUCGCGAAGCCCUGGGCGGCGGCAACCUGCUCACUCCCUCAGACAACGCGAUGCACCUCUUGGGCGUGCGGGUAGAGGAGCUUCGACACGGGCGCUACGUCUCACGCCCACCGCCUAAGCUGGCCAAGAACCCGCCCCUUCUGGUGGUGUACAGCAGUGACCCCAAGCUCCUCGACCUGGCCGCUGUCGGGACGCCCACGCUCAACCUGACCGUCAACGAGGUGCAGGCCGCCUACGGGAAGGCCGCCCAUGGAAGGAACGCCCAUCCUCACUACAGCCAUCACCGCUACGCCCGUGAGGCCCAACAACAUGCCCAAAAACGUGUCGAACGAGUGCGCAGGGCGGCGCUGAGCGAAGGGCCGUGGGCGGAGAUGGGCGUGGCGACAGACCAGGACGAAGAUGACGUCAUCCCCGACUCCCAUGCCCACGCCAUCUUGACCAACGAACUCCCGCUGGCGACCUCCCGUGACCUGGAGCUACCUGAGAAACCGAAGAAGAAGAAGAAGGCCUCCCGCGAGGGCGCCGGGCGGAAGGAGGCGCGGGCGGGCGGGCGUCGGCGUCGCAAGCACAAGCGGCGCGACGACAACCUGAUUCCGCUGCCCGACAACUACUCCAAGACGCGCUGGGGGGACGACGCGCACCGCAGGAGGAACAGAAGGAGGCGCAGGAACAGGAAGUUGCCCGACGAGUGGAUGAAGGAGGCGCAGAACCACAUUAGCAACGACGCCAACUCCCUGAGCUCGCUGACGGGCGUGGUGGGCGGCAAGGGCGGCGCGCGGGUGUGCGAGCGACACCAGCUGGAGAUAGACAUCAAGGAAUUGGGAUGGGACCAGUGGAUCAUCAUGCCCACCGUCUUCAACGCCUACUACUGCGCCGGCGUGUGUCCCAGCCCGCUCACCAAGAGCUUGAGCGGCAGCAACCACGCCAUCAUACAGUCCCUGAUCUACGUCCUGGGCGGGCGUCCUGAGGUCCCUGCCCCUUGCUGCGUCCCUGAGAAGCUCGACGCCAUCUCCCUCCUGUUCCAAGUAGGCGACGACGGAUCCAAGUACCUCCUCAAGAACUACCCGAAGAUGUCCGUCUCCUCCUGCAGCUGCCAGUGAACGCGCCGAGACGGAAGCCAAGACGACGGUCUUCGGGAUUUUUUUUUUUUUUUUUUUUUUCCUUUGGGAAAUUCUGAAAGAGAAAAUGCAAAUAUAAUGAUGAGGUCUUUUGAGGUGUAUGUUCUAUUAUUUUUUCUAUGUCUUAGCAGUCUGAUCUGAAGCUCUGGUAAGGUCGUGUUGGGUCCCCACGGAUUCGUCAUCAUGAGGUUCUAGCACAUGGGAUUUCGAAAGGUUUCUGGCAGGAAGUGGUCGAGGGUUCUAAGCACCUCAGUGUUAUCCCCUCAAUCCUUAGGCUUUCCUUGGAUUCGUUGGCGGAGAAAAGAACGCGAUCUCGGUGUCCUUCCGUCAAAAGGAAAGGAAACGAACUUAAAGCUUUGUUGAGAGAAAAGGAAAAGAGGAAUUUAAAAAACCUCUUUUCAUCAACCGCUCUUUUUCUUUCGCUGUCUAUCCUUUCUAGCUGUUUUGAAUUGACAGCGUUUUGGAAGCUUUGAAAUUAUAAUGUUAUUCGGACAAUGUGUAGUGGCGACAAGCGGCGUUACAGAAUGUCUAAUAUUACUUUUGGAUUAUUCUGACACUUCUUUUCAUUUUGAAGGGGUUAGGAGGGAGGCAGAAGCAAGAGAAGGUCGAUAAAAGGAGAAAGAAAAAGAGAAUAAAAAAAAAAGAGUGAUGAUAUUUUCGUCUCCUUCUAAAGGCUAAAGUUCCAGUUCUAUUUUUUUUCUUUUCAUUUCGAUAUUCUUAUUACAUACUUGUACUAUUUUCUCAAAAGGCAUAAAGACUACCGCCAAAAAGACAUUUUUUUUUUCUCUCUCUCUCUCUCUCAACACGAAAAUCAACAAAGAAAUAAAAAUACUUGUCCGUGAGAAAGCUUUAAUGAAGCCAAUUCAGUUUUGCGGCUUAUUCAAUCAUAAUUUAAUUCCGGGCGCGCGCUUCUAAAUCAUGUUUUGUUGUGCGAGUUUUUUUUUCUCUCUCUCUUUUAUAUAUAUCAUUCGCUAGAUUUGGUUAACAUGACUACAGUUUAUGUCGAAAUGACCUGUAAUUUUCUGCACUGGUGUUAUGAAAAUUGGAGACGAGGAAUAUUGGCAUGAGAAUACUAAAAUUAAUGGAGGAUAAAAUAUACACAAGCUUAUGAUAUACGUACACGCAUACGCACACGCAAACGCACACGCACACGCAAACGCGCACGCACACACACACGCACACACACACGCACACGCACACGCACACACACACACACACACACACACACACACACACAUACACACACACACACACACACACACACACACACACACACACACACACACACACACACACACACACACACUCACUCUCUCUCUCUCUCUCUCUCUCAUACAGCUAUUACGGGAUUGUUUUAGGAGAAUAUUAUUAGCAUCUUAUUUCCAAGUGAAAUUAUAUAAUUAUAUUAUUCGAUGCCAAGAUAAUAGACUGGAACCCUAAAGAAUUUUUUAAACCGUAUCUCUGCCUCCCUUCCUCUCCCCUUAGUCUAAACUGAACGCUCUCUCUCUAUUUCUCCGUCACCUUUUCCCUUCCUCUCCCUCUCCACCCUCGUUUUCUUUUUCUUAUGCGCCAUUUUUAUCUUAUUUCAUUAUCUAAUCCCUUGCAGAAGGGUUUCUGUGUUGUCUCUCUCUCUCUCUCUCCCUUUCUUCCUUUCUUCUUUUCUUCUUCUUCCUUUUUCUUUCUCUUUCCCUACACUUCUUAUUUUCCCUCCUUUUUUCCCCUCUUUUCUUUCGCUUAUCACUCAGGCAUUUUUUCCUUCUUUCUUUUCGUAUUCCUUGCAGACCCCCUCUCUUUAAUUUUUUGUGCCCUUCUUCCCUUUUUCUGUCUCAUCUUAUCACAUUUCUCCUUACUGCCUUUUUCCUCACCUUAUCCCAUCCCCCUCUCUCUAUCACCUUUUCAUUACCCCCCUCUGGUCUUUCUAUUCCGUUUCCUCUUUCUAUUGAUCCUUCCCGCAUCUUUUUAUUCCCUCCUUCCCUCUUUCUCUUCCCCUUUCUGUCAUCGCAUUAUAUUUCCUUCCUUUCCACUGCCCUCCCCUUUUUCUUUUCCCACUCUUUUCAUUCUCACUCUUUAAUCACUCUCCCUUUUUUCCACUCUUUACAUCACGCUUUAUUUUAUCAUCCUUUCCAUCCUCCCCUUUUCCCACUCUUUUCUUUCUCACUCUUUAGUCACCCCUCCCUUUUUCCCAUUCUUUCCUCCCACCCCUCCUUUUUCCCACUCUUUACAUCAUCCCUCCUUUCUCCCAUUCUUUCCAUCAUCCCUUCUUUUACCACUUUUUCUAUCCUCCCUUCUUCCCACUCUUUACACCAUCCCCUCCUUUACCACUCUUCCUCUUCCCCCCUUCUCCCUACUCUUUACACCAUCCCUCCCUUUAGCACUCUUCCCCGUCCCCCCUUCCCCCCUCCCUCCACUCUUUACACUAUCCCUCCCUUUACCACUCCCCCCCCCACUCUUUACACCCCCACCCCCUCCCUUCGUAAGCGGCCAGCCACCCACGACACAACUUCCACUUUAUGUAUCAUACCUCAAAAACAUAUAUAAAAUUUUAGGUAAUGUGGACUGUAACUAGUAACAUAGGUUUUCUCUGUUCUAUGAGUAGAUUGUAGACCUCUAAGAAUUGUUGACGUUGGUGUAUCUGUGUGUAAAUGUUAAUAUAGUUAAGGAAAAGCGCUUAAGAUAUUUUAUAAAAAAUAAAAAUAAUAAUAAUAACGCGAAAGACUCAUCUCGUCUUCUAUGUACGUAGGAAUAAUUUUUAUACUUAUUUCCUCCGAAAGACCUUCGCGUGUACAGCGUGGGUUGGAAUAAAGAGAAGAAAAUGAAGUGAAAAGAAGAAGAAGAAGGAGAAGAAGAAGAAGGAGAGGGAAAAGAAGAAAAUGGAAAAGCAAAUUAUGAAUAUUCAUCAUUGCACUUAAAAUGAUCUAUUGGCAUUACGGAAAAUAAAAGAAUUUUGAAAAUUUCUGAAGGAAAUGAAAUAAGAGAGAUGUUUGUGUUAAAGAUGGUGUAAAGAAAUUCUGAAAUAUUAAAUGUGUAUUAGAUAUUCCUUGUCUUUGUAGCGUGUGUGCGUGUGUAUGUACGUAUGUAUGUGUCCGUAGGUUAGAAUAUGCGAAGAAAAAAUAAGCCUCUUUGAUUUUUUUAUGUCCUCUUAAGAAAUGUAUUAUAUUUAGACUGUAGCUAAUCAGCAAAAAAUAAAAAAUAAAAACACUAAAACUACAACAAAAAACGAUAACUGAACGUCGAUUAUGUGUUCAUAACUUAACACUAUUUAAAUGGAAUGUGUAUAUAUAUAACUCACCUUCUCUCCCCCCCCUCCCACUCCCCAUCCCCAUCAAACUUAAAAACUCCUUUAUUUCAUCAAUAAUUUGUUUAUUUGAAUACCAUUAAUGCUAAGAGCUCCCCAUUGAUUUCGUUUUAUUUUUGUCUCAAAGUUAUGUGAGGAGGAGGGAAGGGUUCAUUUACCUGAAGAAAAAAAGAACAUAAUUUUAAGGAAGAUUAUAUGCUGCUGAUUACCCGCAAUCCCUAAGUGAAUAUAUCAUGUACUGUAGCAUAAUACGGAGGAACGAAGUGAACUGCACUGAUUCGGAUAAAGAAAAAGUGUAAAUUUAUUAAUACGUCAUAUUUCAAAAUCGUAAAAAAUACAUUCCUUACUGUUUUGUAUUGUUUCCCAUCUAAAUGCUCUCUUUUAAGCGAAAUAAAACAUAGUUAAAUGAAUCUAUCAUAUUCAUAUAAUAAAUCUGAUUAUGAAACUUGAAUGCAAAAUCGAUGUCAUAAUACCGAUCUGGCAAUAACACCGCUCUCACCCCCAAAAAAAAAUCCCUGCAAUUUCAAUCGUGCAACUGAACAUCAAGCACACCACAAAAUUACGUAAAAAUCACUAUUAUAGACAGAAAAACCAGUGCAGUGAUCUUGGCCUCCGUUAGCCUAAUCUUAGGUGAUAGGAAAUUAUUUGGAACACAUGUAUUUGUGCUUUUCAUUUAUUAUAUACCUCAUGACCUAUUUAAAGAAAAGUUUAGACCAUAAACAA